AUCGCUUUUCGCCGCAGAAAUGAGUUUCUCCGGUUCUUCCACGGAGGCUAAGCGCCGAACAGUUCGUAAUCUCGUCGGAAAAUUGAGUUCUGUUUCCGAGAAGACUCGAGUGGAUGCUCUUUGUCAGCUUCGUCUUAUGACGAAGCUAGAUUCAGAAAUUCGUCCUCUGAUUGUUGAUUCUGGUGCGAUUCCUUACUUAGCAGAAACACUUUAUUCGUCUACGCCUGAUUCUCAGGAGAACGCCGCGGCGACGCUUUUGAAUAUCUCGAUAUCUUGUAAAGAGGCUCUCGUGUCCACGCGCGGUGUCCUCGACGCGAUUUCACACGUUUUGUCGCAUCAUCGAGAUACGUCUUCUCCCACCGCCGUUCAAUCCUCCGCCGCCACGUUGCACAGUCUCCUCGUUGUUGAUGAGUACCGGCCGAUAAUCGGAUCGAAACGUGACAUCGUGUACGCGCUUGUGGACAUAAUCAAGAGCCUCAAUUCGCCGUCUCGGUCGAUCAAGGACGCUCUCAAGGCCUUGUUCGGAAUCUCGCUGUAUCCUCUUAAUCGAAGCACGAUGAUCCAUCUAGGUGCGGUUGCGCCGUUGUUUUCUCUAGUUGUGAAGGAUGGAAGAAUCGGGAUCGUGGAGGAUUCCACGGCGGUGAUCGCGCAAAUCGCCGGUUGCGAGGAGAGCGAAGAGGCGUUUCGGAAGGUAUCAGGAAUCGGAGUGUUGGUAGAUCUAAUGGAUUCAGCGACUGGGUCAAGUAUGAGAACGAAGGAGAAUGCCGUGUCUGCGCUGUUGAAUCUGGUGAUGUGCGGAGGGGACAAGGUUGCGGCGGAUGUGAGAGAGAAAGCCGAGACGGCCACGGACGGCCUCGCCGACGUGGCGGAGAACGGCAGCGCCAAGGGGAAGAACAAGGCGGUGACGUUGUUGACGGUAUUGUUUGAUGGAUUUGGAAGCAAUGAGAAUGGAUUGAGGGAUCAAACUUCAUGAAAUUCAUUGAAAUUUUGAUCUGAUUUUGCUGUAUUUGAUCAUAUCUUAGUCCGAUUCCUCCGCCUUCUUGUUUUCCUCCCUCUAAAUUGAAUUUAGGGUUAAGACUAAGAUGGAUAAUGUACAAAGUAGGGGUGUUAAUUCUGUUUGUAAACAGCAUAAUAAUCAUCAUCAUGUACUGUAAAGUCUGACAGAAAAUGGCGUAUUAAUAACAGAUUUUAUACCAUUCUUUUAUAAA